UACCAGUUGCCUGUCUAUUGAGCUCGAGUCGAUUCUAUUGUUUAUUCUAUCUUCCAAUUAAUAAUUUCUAUAAUAUUUAUAUUUUCUUCAAUCUCGUCUGUUCUUGUCCUACUCAACACUCUUCACGUAUCCUGUUCAACAGGUUGAAUCUCCCAAGUCUUUCCGCGUCCACCAUGUCCGGCGCCAACCUACACAACGCCCUGCUACGACCGCCCAUUAUCCAGAUUCUGCGUGCUGCAGGGUUCCAUGCAACGAGACCGUCGGUGCUAGACACACUAGCCGACCUAACAGCGCGGUAUCUGCUGCUUCUAGGCUCCUCUGCCGCAUCCCACGCCGCCAACGCGCACCCGGAAGACCCGAACGUCGUGCUCGAAGACAUCUACCAGGCCUUGCAAGAUGUGGGUGCCUUGCGACCACAGUUGAGAGAGUGGGAGGAGGAUUUUGCAGGGGAAGAAGACCUACGAGGGCUAGAGUCCUUCCUUGGAUGGUUUACGGGUCCUGCGAAUCGCGAGAUCCGGCGGAUUGCCGGUUUUCUGCCCAGCGAGGGCGACAUGAUCGACCCGGACGCGCUCGAGAAGGAAGACUACCUGACCUCGCUGAAGAAAAAACACAGCAAGACGGGCGAGGAGUCACGGUACGCCGGGACGAUACUGGGGAAGAACGCCGAGGAGCAUCCGAUCAUCAUCGAGGGAGGGGUGCCUAGCAUACGCGAAUGGGGGCAACAAGUCCGCACACGCGAGCGAUACUCGGCGGAAAGCGACUCUUCGGGCGUCAGCAGUGCACCGAGCAAUCUGUCGGACGAUGCGAUGGAGGGGUGAGGAGCGGACGACUACGCUAUCUCUUAGAAUCGACAGGAGAGAAUGCAGACACACUACAAGGCGACCGACACCACCUUUCAAGACAAAAGGCUGCUAUUACAACAGUUACCUCGACCGGAAUCACCGCCGCACACAGACUUUGCCAAGUGCAGAUUGGCCCGGUCGCCUGCGCUCCCGGGGAUACGUACAGACGUCCGGUGAACAGGGCCAGACGGCAACGGUAGACGAUACCUCGAGGGAUAAGGGCAUAGCAGAAGGGUCACAGAAGCAUCGGAUAGAUGACGCGAUGGAGAGCCUACUUCACAGUCGACAGAACUGUGUAGUCAUUUGGAUCUGCUGGCUCCGACUUGAUAUUUUAACCGAUUAGUUAGCGGUUAAAGGAUCAUCUCUUCCACCUAAUACCAACACAAAUAAAUGGAUAAUAAACUGUAUACUCUUGAAAAGCC